AUGUUUUUCAAGCUGCUUUGGAUAAGUUUUUUUAUCGGGAAAUACUUAGCUGCAGUAUGUGAUAAAGGCAGCAAGCGUGCUUUCAAUAUCAAGGAUGAUGGAGUGAUGUUGCUGAAUAUAAUGCACAGGAAGCAUCCACUUAUGAUUCUUGGAACACAUCAUGAGGAUGACCGGAAACAUUUUGUGGCAAUGCUUACAGAGAUAUCUGAUUCCACUAUAGAAAACCAGGUUUUCAAUCUUGCAUAUCAGGCCACAUCAAAAAACAUAUGGUUGAGGCUGAAAAAGGAUCCGUGCAUUACUGUUACAAAAUCCGGUUCAUCUCUGGAAGGAGUGAAACAAGACGACGAAGCAUCGUCUUCGCUGUUCCUAUAUAACACAACAAACGAUCACACGCAGUUCCAAAUCGUAUCAGAUGAUUUGUGCCUUACAGUAGUAGACAACCCGGAUGAACCAUAUACUUAUGAUGGCAUAAAUGGAAUGAAGCUUUAUUUUAAUCCAUGUGAUGUCGAUAACAAGAAACAGAUAUUCACAAUCGUAUCUUCAUUGAGAGGCUCUAUCUACUUGCAUCCAGAAUUGGAGAAAGAUACACGUUUGGUUAAGAAAGCAGCCAACGGAGAAGACAUGACGAAACGAAUAGUGAAGUAUGUUGAAAUAAACAAACUAAAAGCAGGCUUUGAGUAUACAAAUGGCUAUAGCAUGAUUUAUAUGAAAUAG